UCUACUUUUUUUGUCGUAGAACAUUUGUUGUGUCCCUGCCUAAUGGGUAGGUCACCUAGCAGUAACGAGAGUAAUGUUAAGAAAGGGCCAUGGACACCGGAAGAAGAUGAAAAGCUAAUGGAUUAUAUUAGCAAACAUGGAAGAGGAACAUGGAGAACACUUCCAAAGCAUGCUGGUCUAAAUAGGAACGGAAAAAGCUGCAGGUUGAGGUGGGAAAAUUAUCUAAGACCAGAUAUUAAGAGAGGAAAAUUAACUGAAGAGGAGGAGCAAUUGAUCAUCAACCUUCAUUCAGUUCUUGGAAACAAGUGGUCAAAGAUUGCUACAAGUCUUCCAGGGAGAACUGAUAACGAGAUCAAGAAUUACUGGAACACCACCAUAAGAAAAAAGCUUCUCCACAUGGGUAUUGAUCCUGAAACUCACAGGCCAAGAACUGACUUCAAUCAUCUGAUGAAUCUUUCCCAGUUGCUUGGCAUGUCAAAUUUGGGCACAUCAAUGAGUCCUUGGACCAACCCUACCGGUUUACAACCAGAUGUCACUCAAUUAGCCAAACUACAAGUGCUACAGAAUAUGUUACAACUUAUGAACAAUUCUUCAUUCAUUAGCAUGACUAAUCCUUACCUCGUAGACAGUCAAAUUCUCAACCCACCGACAUUUGAUACAUUCCUCCAUGGAACAAACACCCUCCAAGUGAGAGAUCCAAUGUUCAGAGGUCCAGAAUAUCCAAACCCUACUGCUAACAACAUAUCCGAUCCAUUCUCUCAAACACCCAGUGACUAUUCUCAGCAGAACAUCUUCAAAUCAGGGAUAGAAAAAGAAAAUGAAACUAAUCAUCAAGAAGUUCGUAGUUAUACCAAAAACAUUAACACUUCACAACAAAAUCAAGCAGAAAAUUUACUUCCACCGUUAGUUGCUUCGUGUCCUAGGACAACUACCUUCAACAAAAUGGAGAGCAACUAUAACGAAGCACAAAAGUCCACAGAGUCACCUUUCUCUACGACUUUUGAGGCUUGGGAGAAGUUUCUCAUUGAAGAUGAUGAAGCAAGCGGUUCCUACUGGAAAGAGAUUCUAGAGUAA